AUGACCUCAAUUGAAGCUCUUCUCAACGUUACAGACGUAGCCGAUGCUGAUAAUGCGACAACAUCGACUAUCUUAAGCACUACCACUACAGUUUUAACUACUACAACUACAGUGAUCUCGACAACGUUAUCCACUACAGCAGCUACAAUAACAAGCACGAUACCCGUGCCCACUGAGGAUUCUCACUCAUUAUUCUUGUUUUGUACGGUACUAUUCUUUGCUGGAAUUGCUGUUGUGGCUAAAAUUAUAUAUUCGAAUCGGAAUAAGUAGGUUUUUUGAAUAUUUGUAAUUUGUAAAGAAAGUUUUUGUCAUUUUUUGUUUUGGAAAGAAAGUAACUGCAGUUUAACAAACAAUAAUGCCUAUAUUACCUAAAACCCUUUCAGAUACAGCGUACUAAAUAUCCAUCCAAACUGGCGAAUGUCAGCAUCAAGAACCUCAGGUUCAGUACCAUUUGGAGCCACUACAGACCCAUUUAAUCCAAGUAACGCUCCUGCUGGUCUUGGCUUCGGAUCGGCUCAUUAUACAGCUGUAACACCGACUUCAGGCGAUCAGUUUGCCCAAGCUCACGAGGAAUGGGAACGACAAUUCUUUGACGAACGGCCUAGUGAACAGGAAAGGGUAGGGCAUUUUGAAGGUGUUUUUGAGAAGGCAUGGCUUAGAAUAACAUUUGGGGGGUUAUAUAGUUUGGCUUCUUUAUCAGUGUAUUGCUUUUUUUAUAAUAAGGGGGGGGGGAGUGAUGAAAAAAAAAUUUUGCUAGGGAGGGGGUGGAUCUACCCCCCCCUUCUCCGCAGAAAACCCGUAGCGACGCCCCUGGGUACCAUCAACUCUUUAAACACCUCAUUCCUUUCCCACAAUAUCCUUUCCAGUAGGUGAAUUGAAUUGUCAUCAUUGUUACCAUACCUACAACAAUAUCCAUUGCAGACCUCAUCUCGCCUCGAACUGCGACGAUAA